GGUGUCGCUGGCGCGAUGACGCAUGGCGCAGGCGCAGAGAGUCGACUACUCCAGGACGGUUCCUGGGUGUGUGGGUGGAGGAACGCUGCAGGCUCUGAGCGGCUUGGAAAACAUUCUUGACAUCAUCCGCACCGUCUGCCUGGGAAAAGAUGGUCAACGUCUUGAAAGGAGUGCUUGUAGAAUGCGAUCCCGCCAUGAAGCAAUUCCUGCUGUACUUGGACGAGUCCAAUGCCUUGGGGAAGAAGUUUAUCAUUCAGGACAUCGAUGACACACACGUCUUUGUCAUUGCGGAGCUGGUUAACGUGCUCCAGGAGCGCGUAGGGGAACUCAUGGACCAGAACGCCUUUUCUCUUACCCAGAAGUGAAAGCGCAGAUGUUGAGCAUGUGGCAGUUACAAACCACAGGCAUGAGGAGAGGCCCACUCAGUGUCUCAUGCAAUGCUGUAGACUUUAUGAGCAUUUUGUGCAAAAGGCUGCAGAAGCAUUUAUUCAGACGAAAGCCCCCAACUUAAGAAGAACUUGUAACAAUUGGCUGUAAUUGGACUUUUAUUAUGUUUAUUAAGGUGUAAUCAUAUUCGUACUGGUGCGACAGCUCAUUUGCUGAAGACCCUUGCCGCCAAGCCUGUCAGCCUGA